AUGUGGGCGCUGAAGCGCUACUCUGAGCCCUCGGUUGAGGCCACAGCCCCUCGUGCGCCGCUGGGCAGCCCGCCAGAGAUCAUGCUCGAACCGUUGGAUGCCGAGCUGCGAGCGUGGUUGGCUGAGGAGCAGCUGGCAGUGCUGGAGAACAUUCUUUCUUGGCACGGUUACACUACUUUGAAGCUCCUCACAGACCUCAGCGGCGAGGAAGUGAAGGAGUUGCUCAACGUGCUUCUCCCGCGAGCAGGCAUUUGCAUUGUGCAAGCACUUGGCACGCCCCAGAAUUUGAAGGGCUGGCAGCGCACUCCUGCAGUCGCUGGCGAUUUGGUCGUGGAAGAGUUUCCCAUCACCUUUGAGGGCUACACCUACAAGUAUGGCCGCAUUGCGUACAUCAUGGGGCGCCGCCCCAGCCCUGUCAUUCUGGUGCAUCACAAUUUUGCUGGGCUGAAGCAGUUUGAUGUGGACCAGGCAUGCUUCAUGGCAAGGAUUGGUUACGUCGGGGUGGCUGUUGACCUGUACCAGGAAAAGCCAAACUUCACGUAUCACGACCGCGGUGCAAGCUCUGGGCGGCUAGUAGACUUUGAGAGCUACUGCCAAGAGGUUCGAAAAGACAAUCUGCUGAACCUCCCAGACGGGGGGAACUACCCCACUGAGAUGCUGAGGGCAUAUUUUGAUGGCACGCCCAAAAAGGACGGCAAGGUGGACUACCAGGCGGUGCGCAACUUUGUUGGGGCCUUCACAGAGAUGAACCGAUUGCUUCGGGGCCUGGGGUCCUGGCGAGGCCUCAUGCAAGCCAACCUGGAGCAGGCAUUUAAUCACCCUGCAGUGAAGUCAGGCUGUGCUGGUGCUUUUGGAUACUGCCUGGGUGGGCAAAGCUGCUUGGAGCAUGUUCGCGCCGGGCACCCUGUGCAAGCAGUUUGCUCCUUGCAUGGACUUUUGCAUUCGAGGCCCCUAACGGACGAGGAGCCGCUGAAUUCUCACAAGAGGAUGUCUCGCGAGGAAUAUGCUGCAAAGCUUGCUGUGCCCAAUUCUUACAACCGGAAUUGCAAAGUGCUGAUUGAGAACGGGGACCUCGAUGACGAGGUGCCGGCUGAUACAAUUGUGGACUUCGUCCAAGAGAUGGAUGCCCAGGAGAUCGAUUGGCGCUUUGACAACCACGCGCGCGGCCCGCAUGGCUUUGCUUUGGGCAAGGGCGUCCCGGGCUGCCAGUACGUGGAGCACAUCGACCGGCGCUCCACCAUCACCAUGCUGAGCCUCUUCGCGGAGACCUGGCCAGACUUUGAGCAGCACCCGGUGAAAUGCAACGCCUCUGGCACCAGCUUCGAGCUUCCAAGGCCCAGGCCCGGGGGGGGCCGACCUCGCCUGGCGGGUGCGCUUGGAUUCCUGGCUGGGGCUGUGCUCAGCAUCACAGCCAUCAAGCUUCUACGAGCUUCACUUUAA